AGGUAGUAGGUGUGAGUGUAUGUAGGUUUCUGAACGGUGGCAGUCCAGGAGACGAACCUUCCGAGGUAGGACACUUGACGAGUCGAGUACAGUUCCAGUGUCGAACCGGAGAGCGCUAUGCCAGUAACACCGCACCACGGAACCCUUAUUGCCUAGGAUAAUCAGCUUCUCCAGGCUGCCGCAAUGUGGCCUGGAGUGUUGAAGUUGUUGGCGUUACUAACAAUCUUAAUACAUCCAAGUUGGCAGGAAGCGGUCAACUAUCGGGAGAAGGAGAAGCAGGUGUUGGAUCAGAUUUUAGGGCACCCAGGAGGGUACGACGCGCGUAUCCGGCCCAGCGGAGAAAACAGAACAGUAUUAGAUGGCCCGACAAACGUGAUCGUCAACAUCUUUCUCCGCUCUAUCAGCAAAAUAAAUGAUUGUAAAAUGGAAUAUUCCGUACAGUUGACGUUCCGGGAACAAUGGAUUGACAAACGGUUACGAUUCGAUGAUUUUAAAGGUAAACUAAAGUAUUUAACUCUGACGGACGCGGGUCGCGUCUGGAUGCCGGAUCUAUUCUUUUCGAACGAGAAGGAUGGACACUUCCACAACAUAAUUAUGCCAAACGUGUACAUUCGUAUUUUUCCCGACGGAGCCGUUCUAUACAGUAUACGAAUCUCUCUAACUCUAUCAUGUCCGAUGAAUUUAAAAUUGUACCCCUUGGAUCGACAAGUUUGCUCGUUACGUAUGGCAAGUUACGGUUGGACAACGGACGAUCUGGUUUUCUUAUGGAAGGAGGGCGAUCCUGUCCAAGUCGUCAAAAACUUACACCUACCACGGUUCACGUUGGAAAAAUUCCUCACGGAUUAUUGCAACAGCAAGACAAACACCGGAGAGUACAGCUGCUUGAAAGUGGACUUGCUGUUCAAGAGGGAAUUCAGUUACUAUCUUAUCCAAAUCUACAUCCCCUGCUGCAUGCUUGUUAUUGUCUCCUGGGUAUCAUUCUGGCUCGAUCAAAGUGCUGUACCGGCUCGAGUUUCGUUAGGCGUAACAACCUUGUUGACGAUGGCCACGCAGACGUCGGGAAUAAAUGCCUCACUGCCACCAGUCUCUUAUACAAAGGCUAUUGACGUCUGGACAGGUGUAUGCUUGACUUUCGUGUUCGGCGCUCUACUAGAGUUCGCGUUGGUGAACUACGCCUCGCGUAGCGACAUGCACAGCGAUAACAUAGAGAAAAAGUAUCCGCCGUCUGAAACGGAACAGUCGACCUCGAUGGAUCUGUCCUCGGAUCAAGUCGAACCGGACAAUUCGUCGAAUUUCGCUAUGACCGGAUAUGAUGGACCAUUUCAACAAUCUCUACAGAAACCUCUGGUCCGACAGCCGGAGGAUACCCUGUCGAUGGAUAGGAUGCAGCAGUGCGAAGUACAUAUGCAACCACGAAAAAAAAACUGCUGCAGGUCGUGGCUGUCCAAGUUCCCGACGAGGUCCAAGCGCAUCGACGUCAUUUCACGGAUCUUCUUCCCCAUCGUUUUUGCCCUCUUCAACCUCGCGUACUGGUCCACGUACCUGUUUCGGGAGGAAGCGGAGCGAGUAAGCGUCGACGAGGAAGCGCUGGGAUCAAGGAACGUGGUUCGCGGCCUUUCCCGUUAUUCUUACACGCCCAACACCAACACCAUCACCACGACGCUCACCGCUAAACCGUCACCCCCUCAUCAUCGUUCGCGUACUCGUCAUCACCAUCAACCGUACAACUGUCGUCACCAUCAUCAUCGUUUGCAUCAUCAACGCCGUAGUUUACAACAACAACAAGCGUCGCAGCAGCAGCAACAGCAGCAGCAGCAGCAGCAACAGCAGCAGCAGCAGCAGCAAUCGCCACCGCUGCCGACGUCGUCGUAUCAACAUCAAACGUUACCGCUUCCAUCGCAUCAUCAGAGGUAUCAACACCAACACCAACCUCAGUAUUGCCAUCUCCAUCAGAGGCAGCAGCAAACGAGAUCGGCAUCGUUCUCGUCGCUGCACGCCGAGGUGGCGAGCGGCGGUGCUCGUUCCGGGUCGCCGAGGGGCUCGCGGCACUCCUACAGGAGUCCGGCGAGAUCCUCGGCGUCCGGCACUCCCACACCGUCGCCGUCACCCUCGCCGAUCGCUUCCCGACGAGCGACGCCUUCACCGCCCGCGACGACUGUUAGUGCGAUCCCCCAACCGCAACAGGUUCGCCGUUUUCCACGACUAGCGCUACCACGUACCGAGAGGUGCUGCUGGGGUCUUAUACCGCGGCGCUGGUUCGCCUGCCGAGCGAAGGGUACCGCGUGGAUCGAUUUCGUCUCGCGGAUCGGCUUCCCUCUGACCUUCAUACUGUUCAACUUGGCAUAUUGGUCCACCUACUUGUUCCACGACGACGAAGGGGUCAACAUGCAUAACUAAACGCGUCGCGACGAUCCACGAGCCAGUGUUGGGCAUCGCUCUGAUUCGGAAUCAAAAUUCGCUGACAAACGUGACGAACGAAAAUUAAUGAAAAAGGAUGAGCUCGACGCUUGGACGGUUGCCUAGCACUGAUACCGAUGUCGAUCGAGCAAUGAUUCUGAUUUUCGGAAAGAUGUAAAAAGUCUGAGGAUAAUGGAUAAAAAUCAUAAAAUGAUACGAUAAUAAUCAAAGAUGCCAGAUGUCUGGCUCGCUUUGGACGCGCGCGUAUACCGUGGAUCAAACAGCGAGAGGGAAACGAUACAAGAGACUGAGUCAGCCCGCGUUUAAAAAAGAAACUUGAAAGUCUGUCGCACGACUAUUGGAACGUACCGUGUCCCCGUAGACAUCGUAUUUGCGUGUCGCCGCCGUAAUCAAAAGAGAAACGUAUAUCUCGACGCGAACCACCGCUACCACGGGGAACGGUGUACGCCGAUCGGCUCUCGUACGCUUUUAAAAAUCGAUACCAAUAAACAAAGUGUACUUGGACAGUAAAGACUUUUUUCAGCAAUCCGUGCCUCAAAUUCGAUCAUCAUACAUUAAAAGACCAACGGAAAGCGCAACGAAAUAACAACGCUCGGUACGGUAGGCAGUAGUCGACUCGAAUAUAAUUAUAAAUAAUUAUAUGUAUUAUACGUAAAACGAAGAGCAAAAGGGAGGAGACGAGAACGGUGUAAGGAUUUAAACGCGAGCGUAUUUAAUUAUACACACAUAUAUAUGAAACACACACCGUGUAAACAUGAUUUCGGAAGACCGCGCGCCACAAGGGUUGAAAAUCAAUGUAGUGGGCCCUGUAUAGCCACGGCCUGUUGAAAACAAACUACAUGCAAACAAAUUUAUAAAUAAUACUAAUAAUAACGUAAAUAUAAUUGACAAAGAAAAGAAGGAAACAACCAACUAUUCCAGCAACAAUAAUUUCCAUGUAUAAACAAAAAAAAAAAAUAAAAUUAAUCCUCAGUCUGAACGGAAUUAAAACGAGUCAUUGUUAAGCAUUCAUGUUUAAUCCGAUGAUUAACAUUGACACGACCCGAGACGAAAAGAGACGAACCAAAAGAGGAGAAGAAGAAUGAAACGAAAAAGAGACGAGUGACGUUCACGUAAACGGGAAGGAAACUCGACCUGACUACGCAAUUAUCACGAGAGGUAUAAUUAAAAUAUAGGUAACUUAAAUAAGAUCGAUCGAAACGGUAGUGUCACAUUUAAAAAAAAAAAGAAACUCUCGCACGUUACUCUCCUUCGAGCUCUCUCUUUCUCUCUCUCUUUCUCUCUAUCGAGGUCUCGAUUUGAAAGCCGUGAUCUCUAAAAGUAUUGCUCAUUGACCAGUCGAGACUGAGGAUAUCGUUCAAUGUGAAAUAUAUAGAUGGAAUGAGAAAAAGCAUAAAAAAAAACAGAAAAAAAAAUUAUGCAAACGGACUGAAUUUGCGGUUCACCGGAGACGAGAUCGUAGAGAACUUUAUUUCCAAGCAAGUGUAAUUGUGAACAAAACGUUGUCAAUGCCCCUUGCAAAAAAAAAUACGAAAAAAAAACAAAAAAAAAGAAAAAGUGUGUCGCGAGUAACGCAAGGAUACGAAGGAGGUACAGUGUAGGGUGAGAGGUAGGAGAUAAGUAUCGGAGAAAACUGUUUCUUGGUUUCCCUGUGCGUGCUUCGUUUCAAUUAACGAUUAUCGUUUGAACGAGUUCUCUCCUCAUGACUCGGGUCUCCGCAGUAGAUCGAUCAGAGAUUCUGUCUAAUCGUUUCUUUUGUUUCCCCUGCAUGCGAGCAACUGAUUUCUCUUGACCCACCCUCGAUCGACACACGCAUAUUGCGAUUAAUCUUCGAAAAGGAAAAGAGUCCCGAAAAUUCGACUUUACCGUUCGUUUGCUGUUCUGAUUGCGAGCCUCGAUCACAGUUAAACUUUUAAAUAAAAGGAACGACGGGCGGGUGUUUCAAACGAAACGCGGUACUUAUAACAAACGUAUGCGCGUAACUUAAGGUAGUUUACUUGAUAAUUGAAUUAACGAUAAGAUUUAGCUAAAAUUUUACAUGGGCUUUCGUUUGCAUAUGAAAAGAUUUGUGUAAAAAUUUCAAGGCUCUUCAUUGCUUUAUAAUUGAGAUAUAAUGGUUCAAAAAUUUGCGAAUUUUCUAAUCUAAACAAUUAACGAUAAAACUUACUUAAAAUUUUCUGUAGGAUUAAACUAAUAUUUGAAGAAUGCAUACGAAUUUUUAAAAUAAUCAAUCAUGACUUCUGACAUUCGCAAUAAAAGUUAAUAAAAAAAUUGAGCUCUUGCGUCAAACAAAUUAACAUCUGAUAAAAUGUGACAAUGUCGCACUCAUUCGAACGUAUUCGUUGCAUAGCAAAAUGUCGAUGAAAAUUCAUUUUCCCAUAAGACUCUGUGUAAACAUCAAGUAAACUCCCUUAAAAGAGAGUUGCACUAAUUUAAUCGUCGUUUUUCGCUGUCCUUGCGUUUGCUCAUUCUCGUUGAUUUGUUGGUUCUAAUUCUAGCACAACGUCGGAUCAGUAUAACGUCCUGCUCAAUAACGACUGACGAAUAAAAAAAACCAAUUAUGAUGAUUAAUUGUAUAUACGUAUUCUUAUCGUGAGUAAUGAAGUAACGCGAGUGAAUUCCCGAAUUUUAAACCGAAACUCUCGAUUUUAUCAAAACGUGCGACACGUCGCGUCGCGCAUUAUUAUAAAAUGAAAAAAACAUAUAUAUUACUAACAAUUGUAAAAUCCGAUCAAAAAGAUGUAAUCGUUUUAAUCGUCCAAACGUUUCCAGGCAGUGAUUAAUAAUGAUAUGAAUGAGAGAAGUUUACAGGCGCAUAAGCGCCGUCGUUGACUCCUCGAAAAAUAAUGAAAUAAAAAAUUCACCAUCAUAAACGUCGUUGAUCACUGUCUACGAACGAUCGUAACGAAAUAGCGAGACGAUUCGUCGAGCCGGUCGCGAAACAAUAAGUUGAACGAUCGUAAUUUGGAAAAAGUAGAUGACGCGUGUAUCAUCGUUCAUUCCUCGUAAUUCAAGCCAGGCAAUCACGUUCAUGUUUUAUAUUAAUCGGUACGACGAGUACAUCAUUAUCGAAAUUGGAGGGCGCGUCUCAAGAACUAGAAGAAUGAAAAUGAGAACGUUGCGAGAAGAAACCGACAAGCUCUCGGCCGGUCAGUCGGAUUUUCAAUUGCGGAAGGAACAAACGAGAGGAGCGAGAGACGCCUGUGCCGAUUCGUUGUCGUCAUCACCCUUUCAAAAUUUCGCCGAUCGAAAGUGAAAACUAAAAACGAAGAAUCGACGAUCCGAAGGCGAAUCCUUCGAGUCGGGACUUUCGCUGACGCGAGGCCGGUCGUCGACUCGCAGAACCGUUAACGCAAUUCGUUUUUCCGCGACGACUCGAAUUCGAAACAAAUUCGAACGGCGAUUUUCAAGUAAUAGAACGUAGCGAGCUUCUGGGGCAGAAGGAAGAAAUUUCAUCCGCGCCAAUAGUUGGAGGCAAAGAAAAAGUACAAUUAUCGACCACGGACAUGAAUUCUGUUUUACUCGGUUUAGAAAAUAAUCGAAAAGAAUAUGAUCAGCUGAACGCGUAUAUUUAAUAGAGAUCUGCCGGACAGCUAUUGGCGCUCGUUUGGUUCUGUCGACCCGCAUGAAUCGAUUUUUCUACCUGAGCAGCGAUCAACUCAUCAAGAAAUACGAAGGACAUGUGUAUGAGAUUAUGAUUUACGACGUUGAGAUUACAGGGUCGAAUUUAGUGAACAUAAUAAGAUAUUAAAAACGAUGUGAAACAAUAAGUUAAGAAAUGGGAAUACCGUACAAUUUUUCAUAUUCGGAAGGUGGAUGAUAUACUUUACAAUCUUUAGAUGAGUCGAAUGUACUUUUGUGUAUCUUUCAACCGUGAGAUAUGAAAAUUGCGUUCACACGAUAUCUAUAUCCGAACUGUAUGCGAAAUUACCAAAAAUUGGCCAAGAUACUUUUCGUACCUAUAUUGUACAUUGGUAAAUAUAUAUUUAUCGCCUGUAUUAUACCGCAUAGUAAUCGAAUGUUACAGUAGCGGAUUAUUUUAAAAACAAGGUACCCAAAUCAAAUUCAUCUGAACCGUACGACAGUAGUAGAAUUUUGUUCGAUGAAACGUGGCAAGAUAUUACAGGGAACGGUGUAAUGAUUUCUCGAUUGAUUUGAAGCAAGGGAGGUCUCGACGUUAGAAACUCUUGUACAGACGUAGGAGAAUUACCGUUCACGGAUUUUCAAUUCGUUUAACAAAUGAGUCUACUACGAAAACGUUGCGUUAAGGUAACACUAUAGUUCUCUGAUAUUUUCAUUUUUAUAGAGGACUGUAUAAAUCGUAUAAAAAAUUAUUAAGGAAUUUUAGUAAGGUGAAUGAAAUUGGACGCGCGAACAAUUUUGAGUAAGGGAGGAAACGCGGUAAGAUGAAAAUACGUGAAUUCUAGAUAGGAUGAGUAAUCUGCCCAGCAACUUAAAAAUCGCAAGAACUUACGGGGAACGGUAAGACAAUUUUAAAUUCGAAACAAAAGAUACACGUCUAAGGAUCUAAUUUUUAUUGUUUUAGUCGCGUUUACUAUGUAAUGUUAUUAUAAGUACAAAAUGACGUUUCUCUAUGUAGUUUAAGAUAUGUAAUAAGUUGAAAGAAGAGAAUGAAUAUAUCUAUCAGAGAAUCACUCGAGCGUUGAUUUUUUAAAAACAAAAAAUGUGCAGUAUAUAUAUAUAAAGCGAAAUCGAAUGGUAAUAGUUCAUUUGUUUGUGUUAUUGUUACUCAAGCGGCUACGUAAUACAUAAUGCACCAUUUGAUGUAUAUUUGAUGAAUAAGAGAUUCUUGAAUCAAAUGUU